AUGAGCGAUUCUCGCUCAGUGAUGGAGCAAUAUAACGAAUUGCUUCGUAUCUAUGGUCAGUUUACUCAACAUAAUCUGAACAUGGAUGAGGCGAUCGUUGUGUCGAGUAUAAUCGACAAACUGCCACCUUCUUGGAAGGACUUCAAGCACAUGCUUAAGCACAAGAAGGAAGAGUUGGAUUUAACCCAACUCGGUACCCACUUGUGCAUAGAGGAGAACCUUAGGGUGCAAGAGGAUGUGAAGCCAAAAGAUUCUUCAUCGGUUCAUAUGAUGGAGAUUGGAGAGUCUUCUUCCCAGAAAAAAGGAAAGAAACGUUCUCGUGAAAAGGGCAACAAUCUAUCCAAGGCCGACAAGAACAAGAAGGCUAAACCUCCUUGUUGGAAAUGCGGGAAACCGGGGCAUUUCAAGCGUGAUUGUCCCAUGAAAAAAUCAAAGAAUAAUGGCAAUCAUCAUGUUGGGCAAGGAUCUAACGAUCAUGGCCCACAAUGUCGUAUUCCCACUUUUGAUUUAGAUUUUGAUCCAAAUUCGAGUGUGAAUUAUGUUUCACUAAUUAAUGAAGCAUAUUUUGUACAGGAUGAUGAUGUUGCUUGGUGGGUGGACUCUGGAGCUAACAUACAUGUAAGCAAGGAUCACAAUGGUUCAAAACUUACAAACCUGUGGAACACGAUUCUGUUCUCCACAUGGGCAAUGAGUCAACUGCUCCAGUCGAAUGACAUGGCACCGUAG